AAAAAAAUCUAAUAAGGAAAAAAGAGGAGACCUGGUGACACACCCUGGCUUGGCUGGAUUCAUAUAUCUCUCUCCUGUUUGUUCUCCCUGCACUGUUUUUGCUGUUUCAGGCGCAUGACUUUUGUAGUGUUACACACUCCUCCUUCAGUCCAUGGCUAAAACUCGUACAAAUCGUCGAACCCUAGAUUCUUACACUGUCAAAUCCAUCAACAAGACCGUUCGAGCCGGGGACUGCGUGUUGAUGAGAGCGUCGGAGUCGUCAAAGCCGUCGUACGUUGCUCGAGUUGAGAAGAUUGAGUCCGACAAUAGAGGUGGCAACGUCAGGGUUCACGUCCGGUGGUACUACCGUCCGGAGGAGUCGAUCGGCGGCCGACGUCAGUUUCACGGCUCCAAGGAACUUUUUAUGUCCGAUCACCGCGAUAUACAAAGUGCCGACACAAUUGAAGGCAAGUGUACGGUCCACACAUUCAAGAGCUACACCAAACUCGACGCUGUUGGGAACGAAGAUUUCUUUUGCCGAUUUGACUACAAUUCUUCUACCGGAGCAUUUAAUCCUGACAGAGUUGCUGUGUACUGUAAAUGUGAAAUGCCAUACAAUCCUGAUGACCUCAUGGUUCAAUGUGAGGGCUGCAGUGACUGGUUUCACCCUACUUGUAUAGACAUGACGCCAGAGGAAGCCAAGAGACUUGACCACUUCUUUUGCCAAAAUUGUUCAUCUGAAGAUCAGAAGAAAUUGCUAAAUUCUCAUGCUACUUCAAGACAUGCUGAUAUAAAGGUUGAGUCCAAACGCCGUCGGAGGUAAUACUUAUUUGGCCAGCGGUAUGCAAGCAAACACUGAGGCAAUUAUAACUGCAUCAGAAGCGACAAUCAUGUAGACUGAUGUAAACGGAACUGACUGAAACUUUGUAUUACCUACUGGUUUUAUGCUCCUUGUGUCCUUAUAUGUAGGUCGAGGAGGUGUUUGGUUGUGUGUAAUUAUUUACUGUAGGUUUCUCUUCUGAUCUUUGACGCUAUUUUCUUAUUAGAGCGACAGGUGGUGUUUAUGAUAAAUUAAAGUAGUUUACUGUUUUCUGUAAAUACGUCUUGGUAUUUGCUAACAUCUCCCCUAUGGGAACUACUCAGUCUGGUAAAUGUUUAGACAUGUUGUACUCUC